AUAUGACUUGAAUAAAUCAUGGAUGUGAAAUGGUUGUAACAGUUUAUGGUGUUGAAUAUAAAACUUUAUAACCAUUUUGAGAAACACAAAUUUCAUGGUUUAGAUAUAGUGUUUUGGUAAAAAAGAAUAAAAUGUAACAUUAAUAGAAGGAUGAAAUUAGUAAUUUUAAAACAUUAGGUCAAUUUAACUUAAUUACAUUAUUUGAGAGCAAAACCCAAAGUAUCAAGCAAUAUUGUGUUUUGUAUAUAAAAAUGCUAACCUAAGCAUAAUUAGCCAGCACAUCAAACAGUAUGCAUAAACUUGACAUGCUGUGUUUAACACAUGUGAAUUUUUUAUAAGUUUUUAGUUUAUAGUACAUAAGUAACUUGAUGUAAGUAUAUAUGAUACAAAAACAAAUAUUUAUGAAUAAAAAACACUUUAGUUUUCUGGGUAUAGAUGUACUGAAUAUAAAUAAAAUGUUUAUUGCCAAUUGGCAAUUAUAUACAACAUCACAUGCCAUUCAAACACUUACUAUGCAUUCCAACAUAUUCAAAAUUAUUUUACUGUUAUAGAGAAGAAUGAGGCAUACAAAAUUUAGUAAUUUGUAAACUUUCAAAAAAUUUAAAACAUAAUUUCGAAUAACAACUUGCUUAUUAUUAAAAAUAAAUAAAAUUAAUUGUAACCUUUUUUCAUUUAAUAAGUGAAAUAAAUAAAAAACUAAGUAUUCCAUGUUCUUUUCUCAUUUCAUUUUAAAUCCUAUGUACUGAUUAUUAAAAAAUAAUAAUAAAUUAGAAUCAAAUACGAAAAACAUUGAGGUUCUGUUUUCAAACAAUGUAAAUACAAUAGUUGGUGGGCACACUUGAUUUAAUCAAGCUAAUUUUUCUUGUCUUUCCAACAUAAUUUUAUGUUCCAUCAAUAAAUUCAGAAGUGAAUCAAUACAAAUCAAAUCUGCAAUUUUAGAGAUGUAUUAAAGACCAGCUUUUCUUCAUUGGCAAUACAAUAGACAUGGCUGUAAUAUUGUCAUGCACACAUGGUACACUUGAAAUUGUGUUGUUUGUGAAAGAUUCACCAAGAACAUGCAGGAAUUUUCUUGAAUUGUGCAAGGCAGGUUAUUAUGAUGGCACUACAUUUCAUAAAGUUAUUCCAGGCUUCAUGUGUCAAGGUGGUGAUCCAUCAGGUACAGGAAGAGGUGGUGAAUCCAUCUAUGGCCCCAAAUUUGCAGAUGAGAUGACGGCAAAGCAUAGCCAUGACCGAAAAGGGAUUGUGUCAAUGGCAAAUAGUGGACGCAAUACAAAUACUUCACAAUUCUUCAUAUUGUUUGAACCGAGUCCCCAUCUUGAUGGAAAACACACUAUAUUUGGCCAAGUGAAGGAGUAUGGUUUUCCAGUGUUGAAUGCAAUGCAAAAUGUGAAAGUGAAGGCAUUUAAACCUAAUAUUCCUAUCAAGUUAUUUGUGGCAGAAGUCAUAGAAGAUCCAUGGGAAGGCCAAGAAUUGCCUCUAGGAACAAGAAUCCCCACCAAACCAUUGGUUGGAGUUGAUCAAUUCUCCUUGUCAAGAUGUUCGAUUAUGUAAAAAACCAACAAAAAUGUACAUUUUUUGUUUUUUGAAUAAAAAAUGAAAAUUCAUUGAA